CUCAGAGUAGCGGUCCAGCCUCAUCCACUGAGCCGGGCUGAGCCUCGGAGCAUCUCGUUUGCCCACCCGCCUGCCCGCCGGCCUGAGAUCGCCUCACCGAGGGACGUGUAAUGAUGCUUCUUCUGCUCGUGGCCCUGCUGCUCUUCCUUCGUGGUUGCCCUGGGCUCCCCUUCUACAAUGGCUUUUACUACAGGAACGUCAUGAAUGAUCGGGGCUACGGCAAUGGCAAUGGUCAUGGAGAAGGUCUCUUCAAUGGAGUGAAAUUGGUGGUGGAGACCCCCGAGGAAGCUCUGUUUAGCCACCGGGGGGCCAACGUGACACUGCCUUGCCAUUACCAUUACGAGCCAGGCCUGGGUUCGCCACGGCCCGUCCGGGUGAAGUGGUGGAAGCUGGGGGAGGAAGGGGAGCCAGAGCGGGACGUGCUGGUGGCCAUCGGGCUGCGGCACCGGAGCUUCGGGGAAUUCCGGGGCCGCGUGCACCUGCAGCAGGAGAAUGGGCGGGAUGUGUCCCUGGUGAUCCGCGGCCUGCGGCUGCGGGACUACGGGCGCUACCGCUGCGAGGUCAUUGAUGGCCUGGAGGACGAGAGUGGUGUGGUGGAGCUGGAGCUGCGAGGAGUAGUGUUCCCCUACCAGCCACGCCUCGGCCGCUACCAGUUCAACUUCUACGAAGCCCAGCGGGCCUGCGAGGGCCAGGACGCAGCAGUGGCCUCGUUCGAGCAGCUCUUCAGGGCCUGGGAGGAGGGGUUGAACUGGUGCAAUGCAGGCUGGUUGCUGGACGGGACGGUGCAGUACCCCAUCACCCAGCCGCGGCAGCCCUGCGGAGGGCACGGCACAGCCCCUGGCGUCCGCAGCUAUGGGCAGCGCCACCGGAGCCACCACCGCUAUGACGUCUUCUGCUUCUCGGCCGCGCAGAGAGGCAGAGUGUACUACCUGGAGCACCCAGAGAAGCUGACACUGGCGGAGGCGGAGGAGGCCUGCCUGGAGGACGGAGCCCGCAUCGCUAAGGUGGGCCAGCUGUUUGCCGCCUGGAAGUUCCAGGGCUUGGACCGCUGCGACGCAGGCUGGCUGGCUGAUGGCAGUGCCCGCUACCCUGUGACACACCCACGCCCCAACUGCGGCUCCACGGACCCUGGUGUCCGCAGCUUUGGCUUUCCCGACCCGGAGAGCCACCGGUUCGGAGUCUACUGCUACCAAACCAGCUAGGGUCCCUGAGGGGCCUCCCCUACCCCAACCCCAGGUGGCAGGCAUCCCUCUCCACCUCCCCCACCCCUCAGGACUGGUAUAUUUAUUAACAGUUCCUUACUUCCCUGGGAAGGUGACGGGUUUUUUAAAAAACUUUUUUAAACUUUUAUUAAAAUAGUAUUACGUUUUACAGUUUUUGAAACCCAAAGAGAAACCCUUAGGCUCCACCCUGAGCCUGUCUCUUCCUCAGGUCCCUUCUUACCCAGGAGGGUCUGGGGCUUGGGAAGAUGGGGUCUCCUUUAUGCUCCCAUACUGAAGCCUAGAAGAGCCAUAAUCGAGGAGAAUCCAAGGACUGGCAGUUUCUAUGGUAACAGAGCCCCCCCCCCCCCCCUCCUGUCUGAUCCCUUUCUCACCUCGUCCCCAGGGACCCCACCCUGCCCCCUCGAUCCAGAACUAGGCUGGCUCGGCUUGGGACCCAGUUGGAGGCACCAGAGAGGUGAAGCUUUGGCAGAUCUGGGCAUCUCACCAUACCCAGCCCCCACCUCGGGGACCAGCUAAGAGUCCCCUGUUCUCAGCCUCAUAAGUUCUUUUGUAUUUCAUCUCUCUGACUCCCCUUUCUCUUCCCCUCUGCCCUUUCUUCAGGGAUUUUUUUAUGGUAAUUGUUAAGUGCUUACUAAGUGCCAGGCACUAAACUAAGCACUGAUGUAGAUACAAGCUAAACAAGUAGGAUACCGUCAAAGCCUACCUGGAGCCCUCAGAAUUACUCCUCAUUUUACAGUUGAGGUAACUGAGGCACAGGGAAGUGAAAAGCCUCACCCAACGUCACAGUGCAGACAAGUGGCAGAGAUGAAAUCAGAACUCAGGUCCUUCUGACUUGUCCACUGGCCAGGAACUGCCAGCUGGACCUGUUUUCAAAGGUCAAUAAAUUUGCUGGAAGCUUUUCUACAGAA